AGCUCCUCGCAAGCGAACCGUGAGGAAGUUUUUGCUGAACAUCAACGAGAAUAUAAAAAGGCAGAAGCAGAGAAACUGCUUGCACGGCAGGAAAUUGAAAGGGCAGGCGGUGAUUACGAGCGGUUGAGGUCAUGGACAUAUUCAGCAGAGAAGGCUGAAAAAUGGGAAAAAAGAGAAGAAAAGAAGGCUAAACACAAAGAAUUUGGAUUUACUGACUACAAUCAAGUAGCAGAGAAGAAAUAUAACCGACAAAUUCACGAACUUAAACCCGAUCUCCAUGCAUAUCAAGAGGUUAAAGCACAGGCUGGAGCUUCGUCCGUUGAUGAUAUGAAUUUCUAUCGCGAUGUUACUUCUUUGGCUUUUGCUGGAUAUGUAGUCGAUAGUCAGCCCAGCCGACAGGCAGUUGAAAGGCUUGUUACUGAUGUUAGUAAACAGAUCGAACAACGAGAAAAGUUCUCGCGACAAAAGCGACAAAAGCGACAAGAGCCUGUUAAUGAGGAAGAAGAUAUUACGUAUAUUAACGAACGUAACCAAUAUUUCAAUGAGAAGAUGGACCGGUAUUAUGGAAAAUACACUAGAGAGAUCAGAGAAAACUUUGAGCGCGGAACUGCUUUGUAA